GUUAUGGACGCUAAUGUCGAGACUAAACUGUUCUCGCUCCUUCGUGGGUACUUCAGAUCAGAGGAACGUCGAGUGAAUGCAUCCCAUAUCAUAGCGGCUCAGCCGUUGCUGGAUCGGCUGGCCAGAAGGACCAUGGUGAUAGUUAGUGCGGCCGCCUCCUUCCGGCCCAGUUGGAAGGGUCUUACCCCUGAGCUUGAACGGGCCUUGGGGGACUUGACGCAGUUCGCCAAGGAUAUGAGAACUGCUGCUGAGGAGUUGGCUGCGGUGACGCUGAAGCAUGGGAGUCACCUUGGACUGUGGGAAUCUCGAACGGGUCGAUUUGACGAGGCGGUGGGGUUGCUGGGUAGGAUCGAACGCCUUAUGGGCGAGGCUAGGAUGCAGAUGAGGAAGGCUAGAAGGGAAAUGGGGAGUGGUACGUGUGCGACGGAGGAACGCGACUUGGACGAUCUCUACUCACUAGUGCGGAGUCUGGGAGUUUUUGUAGAGGCAUGGAAGCAUGUCGAGUAUAUGAUGUACUUUGGGUACCUUAGGGGUUCUAUAAAUCCAUUUGAUCUGAAGACUAUGCAGAGCAAGAGCUUCGACGCGGCUCGACGGAGGUCAACUGGUGGAGUUCCUCGGCUGAGGACACACUCGUUUAACGCUCCCUUCGCUGGACAGAUAUAA